ACUUUCAACAAUGGAUCCCAUAAAUUCAUUUUUUAAAAACCUAUCUCUUCUGGAAGGAUCUCUUGUUGGCAUAUGUUGCUUUCCAAAUUUGAUAUUGUUUACACAACACAAGAGGCUAUCAAAGGGCAAGCCAUUGCCGAUUAUUUAGCCAAACAUGCAACAGAGGAUUAUGAGCUUAUUGAUUGGGAUUUUCCUGAUGAAGACAUUUUGGCAAUGGAGGCAAAAUCUGAUUCAGAUAAUUGGAAGCUCUUCUUUGACGGAGCUGUUAACCAACUUGCUUGUGGCCUUGGAGUUGUGUUGGUAUGCUCAAAGGGUGAUCAUUUUCCUAUUGCUAUAAAGCUUGAUUUUGCUUGUACUAACAACAUAGCCAAAUAUGAAGCUUGUAUUGCAAGCAUACAUGCUGCUUUGGAUAUGAAUGUCCGAGAUUUGGAGAUAUAUGGCAAUUCAACGCUAAUCAUAUGUCAAACAAAUGGUGAUUGGCAAACCAAGGAUCCAAAACUUAUUCCUUAUCACCAAUAUCUUGAAACUCUCAUCAAGAAAUUCAUAUUCAUCUCUUUAAAACCAUAUGCCUUAUGCCAAGAACCAAUUUGUGGAUGCUUUGGAAACUUUAGCCUCCAUGGUCCAAAUCUCUAGUGAUGAUGUAAUCAAGCCUUUAUUGAUUG